CUGCGUGUCCCGACCUCGCCACUCGGGCUGCACCUCCGGCUGCUGCAUACACGCCUCCUGCACCUCCUCCUCUAGAACCUAGCCGUCGGUUGGGUGCUUCCUUGCAGCCGUCUUCGGGCGUGAGAGGCGGUGUGAGUCCUUUUGCCGCUCCUUGGGGCAACAUGCCCAACGACGACGCGUUCAACAAGCCCUCGGCACCGUCCGAGACCCCGCACGCCCCCGGGGCACCGCCUCAGGGCAAGUCCGGGGGCUUCGGGAAAGCUUCUGGGGCGCUGAUGGGCGCUGGUGGAGGAUCAGGCGCCGGGGGCAGCGGUAGCGGCUCCGGUUCUGGGGCAUCGGGCCUGGGCGCCUCCAGCAAGAAGUCCCCGAGGCUGCCCAAGUGCGCUCGGUGCAGGAACCACGGCUACGCUUCGCCGCUCAAGGGCCACAAACGCUUCUGCAUGUGGCGGGAUUGCCAGUGCAAAAAGUGCAAUCUGAUCGCCGAGAGACAGCGCGUGAUGGCCGCGCAGGUGGCUCUGAGAAGGCAGCAGGCGCAGGAGGAGGAACUGGGUAUCAGCCACCCCAUCCCGCUGCCCAGUGCAGCUGAGCUGCUUGUCAAGAGAGAGAACAACGGUGGCAACCAAUGUCUCAUGAAUGAGAGCAGCAGCUCUUCUCAGCCACCAGCAGCCAGUACACCCACAACAGCGGCCUCAGAGGGACGCAUGGUCAUCCAGGACAUUCCUGCUGUCACCAGCAGAGGGCACGUGGAGAACGCACCUGACCUGGUUUCAGACUCCACCUACUACAGCAGCUUUUACCAGCCUUCUCUGUUUCCUUACUACAACAAUCUGUACAACUAUCCGCAGUACUCCAUGGCCUUGGCUGCUGAUGCCUCUUCUGGGGAUGUGGGAGGUCCCCUCGGGGGAUCCCCUGUGAAGAACAGCCUUCGGAGCCUUCCAGCGCCUUAUGUGUCUGGUCAAACAGGAAACCAGUGGCAGCAGAUGAAAAACUCGGAGAAUCGCCAUGCAGUGAGUUCCCAGUACAGGAUGCAUUCUUACUAUGGGCCUCCCUCCUACCUGGGCCAGAGUGUGUCCCAAAUCUUCACUUUUGAGGAUGGCCCUUCCUACUCGGAAGCCAAAUCGAGUGUAUUCUCGCCGCCCAGCAGUCAAGAUUCUGGCUUGGUUUCCCUCUCCAGCAGCUCUCCUAUUAGUAAUGAGAGUACAAAGGGGGUUCUCGAAUGUGAGUCUGCCUCGGAGCCCAGCAGCUUCACGGUCACUCCGGUCAUCGAGGAGGAUGAGUGAGCGGCUGCUGGCUGCAUUUGGCAGUUCACUUGGAAAAGCAGGCUUAUUCCAUUAUCCACAGGGUUUGUUGUUAUUUUGCAUUGAUUCAUGCUGACUUAACAGUUGAGAAUGUGUUUGGUUUGUACUCCUUAGAGUUUAGUUGAGAGGUAAAACACACUUGUAAUAAUUUAGGGUUCAUGACUACCAUCUGCAAGAAUUAAGUGCUUUGUUCAUGGAGUUUAAAUAGUAGUGCCCCUCAUUUUUUUUUUAAAUCACACUGGUUUACAUGUAGUUUUCAGGAAAUACAGUCAGUAAUUUGCUCAAGUAAAGCCACAUAUUUGUGUCUAAAUUAGUCAUAAUUAGUAUACUUUUGUUUUAAAAAUGAAAUAUCUUAGGUGCCUUAGAUUUUUUUAAAAAAAUUAGUAUUUUAUUAAAACUGCAAGAAUAUAAAUUUAGCCAAGUAAAUGACCAGUGGGAAGAAAAGAGCAGGCAAAAUUAUUAUUUUAGAAAUCUGCAGAAAGUCAGGGUAAAUGGAAAUACUGUUUUUGUUUGCUGUUGGAAAUAGCCGUGCCCUAUCCCCCAAUACAAAACAUAACUGAAAUAUGGUGAGAAAUAGGUACAGCCCUUUAGAAUAGCUACUUUUUCUGUAAAGGAUAAUUUGAAAACAACACCAUUUAAAGUAACCCCAGUGAGGCAAAGCUUCUAGGUGUUGUUUAUAGAAUAAUGAGUUUAACAUACACUCUUUCUAGUACAGAAAAAAAAUGGAUGCAAUCUAGACUAUUUUGUAACCUUAAGUUGUAAUUUGAUUUGGAAGUAGGUACAUCUUUAAAAGUUACUUCAAAUUUCUGAGUUCAUUAUUUUGUUAAAAAUUGCUUAUGGAGUACUUCCUUAUGUAACAGAAGCCGUCCUGAAAUGAAACUUGUCUAAAAAAAAUUCAUUGUUCUGUGUAGUUGCAGCUGUACCUGAAAAUAAAAAUGUUAUUGAUGACUGAA